AUGGCAAACAGCUCAGAGUGGAUGGAUGGCAGUAAUGAGUCAUUUGUUGGUGAUUUGGAAACUUGCGCCAAAGCAAGGAGCCCAAGUCUCCGAAUAGUUCUGUACAGCUUCAUAAUAGUUGGAAUCUUCUGCACAGUGGUUGGAAACUUUCUAGUGGUGCUAGCUAUUGCUUAUUUUAAACAGCUCCGGUCUCACACAAACUCCUUUGUCAUGUCACUAGCAGUGGCUGACUUUCUGGUGGGCUUAGUGGUCAUGCCUUACAGCAUGGUACGAACCGUCGAAGGUUGCUGGAACUUUGGCAAAACAUUCUGUCAACUGCAUUCCAGCCUGGAUGUUAUGCUCUGCACAGCUUCCAUUUUCCACCUGAGUUGCAUUGCAUUUGACCGAUACUACGCCGUCUGUAACCCACUGGUCUAUUCCUUCAAGAUGUCCCGUAGUCGUGUGGCUCUGCUAAUUGUCAUAUGCUGGACUGUUCCCCUGCUCAUCUCCUUUGGUCCCAUCCUCCUGGGGCUGCACAAGCUUGGUGUGGAUGUACCCUUGCCUGAGAAUGUGUGUAUCCUUCUGGUAAACCGUGUCUAUGCCAUCAUUGCUUCACUAGUGGCAUUUUACCUUCCCAUGGCCACAAUGCUAGUUGCUUACUGGAAGAUUUACAAAGCUGCCAAGCGACAAGCCAUGCAGAUAAGUGCUUUGGAAACUCAGAUGGCAACUGCUGUGGGCAAGAGCUCAAGCAAGAAACAGAAGCACCGGAACUACUUGAGGAGGGAGAGGAAGGCAGCAAAAACACUUGGUAUCAUCAUGGGUGUCUUCCUCCUCUUCUGGUUGCCCUUCUUCACUGUGAACAUUGUGGAUCCUUUUAUUGAGUACAGAACAACAGGUGCGAUAUGGGAUGUGUUCCUCUGGUUAGGUUACGUGAACUCCUCCCUCAAUCCAUUCCUCUAUGGUUUCUUUAACAGAUCCUUCCGUAGGGCUUUCCUAAUGAUCUUAGGCUGCAGGAUAUGUCUGCCUGGAUCAGCCCCAAGCAUGGACCUCUCUCACUCCAAAAAGGAUACAAAUGAGCACUUAGAGAAGCAGUAG